AAUUAUUUUUGACAUGAGUUGACCCCUCAUUUGUCUACAUCAAAUAGUCAGCAAGGUCAUCUCAUCUAGGCAAAGAUAAGAAUGCAAAGGAUUUAGAGCAGGGAAAAAGUUGUCUGAAGAAGAGAGCAAUCAUUUGUGAGGGAGAAAGCUUGCAUGGCUAAACCUCUACGCUGCCCACUAAGAGUAAUAGGCAUUAUGAAUGCAUUCAAGCAUGCAACAAUGCAUGUGAGGACAAAGUGCGUGAGUUUGCGUGGAAGCGCGUAUGAGUUCAAGUCGGUUUGAACUAUUCAACCUCGAUUUAAUUUAAAUUAAAUAGAGACGAGUUAAAUUGGAUUAAUCGAAGCCUCCAAACCUAAAUCAGACUCGAGUUGAGUCGAAUUGGUUUGAUGUUGUUCAGUUAAACCUAUUUGAUUGAAAUUGAAUUGGUGUUGAUUAAUUUGAGCUCGUCUGGAUUCAAUUUAAAGGAUCAACGAGGUUGAUUGCAGGUUUUGGUCUAAAAACGAGGUCAACAACACAAAGCAGAUGAUAUGGUUGGUGGCUGGGGCAUCGUGGCAAGGGCGCGGGCGCCGUGCAAAGUGCGACGGAGCAAGGCAAGAAUGUGACCUGUCAAAGAGGCGGAUAACAGAAUGGUAUUCAAUUGCAGGAAACAAGCCUCAUAUAUGUAUACUUGGACCACGCUUAUUAUGGAAAAGAAUGUCCUUUUCUUUUUUCCAAGGUGAUGGCAUGAAUGGGGAAGGCAAGUUCGAUGGUGGCUGUUGCCUUAUGUCCAAAACCGGGAUGGAAGGUUCUUGAUGCUUGUGCUGCUCCAGGCAACAAAACUUCUCACCUUGCUGCACUCAUGAAAGGAAAGGGAAAAAUUAUAGCUUGUGAAAUUAACAAGAAAAGGCUCGUACACUUGGAUGAUACUAUCAGACGGUCAGGGGCACAUAAUGUAGAAAUUAUACAUUGUGAUUUUUUGGAUAUUAAUGCCAGUGACCGCUCAUUUUCAAAGGUCCGCGCCAUUCUGUUGGAUCCUUCCUGCUCUGGAUCUGGAACCUCUGCUGAAAGAUUAGAUCAUCUACUCCCAUCAUAUUCAACAGAUCAUCAAGAUGAGGCUGCCGCCAAUGGUCCCCGGGUGAGGAAGCUUGCAGCUUUUCAAAAGAAGGCUCUUGCUCAUGCAUUAUCCUUUCCAGCAGUUGAAAGAGUUGUCUACAGCACAUGUUCCAUCCAUCAAACCGAGAACGAAGAUGUCGUCGAGUCUGUUCUUCCAUUAGCCACCUCGCUCGGCUUCGAACUGGCAACCCCUUUCCCUCAGUGGCCUCUACGUGGCCGCCCCAUCUUUGACGGCGCUGAGCGUUUGCUGAGAACUGAUCCAUCCCAGGAUACAGAAGGAUUUUUCAUUGCAUUAUUUGUCAAGAAGCUCAGAUCUCUUCCUCCAGCCCAGAAGAAACAUUUCAGUCCAGGAAGAAAAUUGCCAUUUUUUCCUACCAAGAUUUCAAAGAUUUGGAUGCGUCACUGCAUGGCAAGGAGAAGAAGACGCAACUCAUAAGAAAAUUCCAACAGUUAAAAGCAUUGUUGGUAUGGCAGAGCUUGUGAUUUGUUGUAGCAACUUUGGUUUAGUUUGGGCGAUUUUUUUAUUGCUUCUUAAAGCUGUUUUUUAUUAUAAAAAUUAAAAUUUUGUAAUAAAAAGCUGCGUCAUAAAGCAGGAAGAAAGCCAUCCCAAACAAAACCUUAAUCAUGCUAGAAUUUUAAGUUAAAACAGACAAUUUUCCUUUAGUCCAAUUGUUUUAUAAAUUGGCUUUCUAUUAUUAUUAAUCAGAUUAGCUGCUUUCAUAGAAAUAAAGUUCAAUGAACCACAAAUUAAGGCUUCGUUUGGGAUGACUUUCUUACUGCUUCUUAAAGCAGUUUUUUAAGUAUAAAAAUUUUAAUUUUGGUACCAUAAAGUUAUUUUAAGAAGCAGUAGGAAAACCGUCCCAAACGAAGGCUAAAUCGAUUUGAAGUAGAUGUGAGUUUAGAUAUUCUAAGGUGAAUAAAACAAUGUUUUUCAAUUGGCUCUAUAUUAAUAAUGAUGCAUGAGCUGGCUUGAUAAA